GCAAGCCAUGCCUGAAAACCAGAGAGCAGUUUGGCAUUAAAUUCUUGGGAGGAGCAAUGAAGAAGGUGAAGACAAUUAAUUACAGGAAACUAAGUAAGUAGAGGCUUCCACGUUUCGCCUCUCAUGCAGUAGAAAUCAAAGGCCUCUCUGCUAUGCUCAUCUCUGGCAAGCCCUGCUGUCAUUGGCCUCUGCUGUGCUGCUUCUCAUGUAAAUCAUGAUCAUCUGUGUAGACCUCCAAUUCUGUGCUGCAAGGCCCUAAACAUCGGUUUUUUCACCUGGUUGUUGUGUGGAAGGAAAUAACAGAGAAAGAGCUAGCUGUUCAAAGUUCAAACCAGUCCAACCUCAUCAGUAGAUGUUUCAUAGAAGAGGAGGAGGAGGAGGAAGUGGUGUUCCAAAUCACACAUAUAAUAGUCAGCUUCUGCAGGCUGCUGCUCUUCAGCCUCAGGAAGAAGAAGAAGAAAAAGAAAGGAUGGUUGGUUAUGGUUUUGAUUAUUUUGGUGAUGAUGAGCAAGAUUUUCAAGGACCCCCAACUCCCACUGUCACACAGAGUGAUGACAGUGUUGUUGUUGAGGGUGAAGAGGAGGACGAGGAGGAGGAAGAAGAAGAAGAGGACCUUUCCCAUGAUCUUCAAACACCUUCGGUUCUGAGUUCGAACUUCAAACCUCGCCUUCGAUGGACUCCUCACCUUCAUGCCUGCUUUGUUGAUGCUAUCAAUCAGCUUGGUGGCCCCCACAAGGCAACUCCGAAAAAGCUUCUGCAGAAAAUGGGUGUCAAGGGAAUAACUCUUUACCACUUGAAGAGCCACCUCCAGAAAUACAGACUUGGAAAGUACUCGGUGAAGGAGUGGAAGGAGGUUCCGGAAACUUUUUCACAGGACUUGGAAGGCAGAAGCGUUAGUACCACUUCCUUGUGCUCGUUGCGAUCCCAGAAAAAGCAUUCUUCUAAACUAAUAAAGAAAGCUCUAAACCAGACGGAAGUUGAAGAAAAACUUAGUCUGCAAAUUGAGGCUGAGAAGCGAUUAAAAUUGCGUCAGGAUGCCGAACGAAGAUAUAUGGAUUAUGCACUAGAUAAUGCAUGUAAAAAGCUUGCUGAUCAGUUUCUUGGAAGUGUUGCAGUAGACUCUGCAGGCGUAUUUCGAAAUGUUGUAGCUGGUUUAGGAACUAUGGUGUCAAAAAUACCUCAGAAAGAUCAAUUCCCUGCAUAUGACAUAACUAAGGAAACCAGCAUGCAGCUUAGUCUUGAAGACCAACUUGGUGGGUUUGAAGCUCAGAGGGAAACUUAUCACGAAACUGAAGGCCACCUGAUCUCACAUGGAAAUUCAGAAAAUUCGUCUGUGGAAGAUUUCUAUGUUCUUGCUGACGAUGACAAGAUAAUGGAGCAGAGUUUGGAUAAUGACCCUGCAGAAGCUUACUUGGUUUUGGAUACUGCUGAAAUGGGAACCUCCAGUCAUAGAACUUAAUUUCAUCAACCCACAUCUACAUGGUGUGCUAAGGCACUCUGGAUGAAAGAACAAAACAACCUUUAUGUUGUUUGCUUGUGGAGUUUCAUAAUUUAAGAUUUUUGUUCUGGUGUAAAACUUUGGCAGCUUAGUUCUGCUUUGCUAGUGGUUAUUUCUUUUUUUGACUGCUCAUGGCACACUCUUGAAUGUAUUCAAGGUGCUUUGUUACUA